AUGUCAGGGCAUUCUUCUGGGUCUGAAUACCCCUAUUCCUCAGCAGACUAUACCUCUGUGCCCCCUUCCCUCUACAAUAGCGAUGCACAUUCUGUAACAUCGUCCACUGCUUCCUGGGGAGUGCCCUCUAGCAGUUCCGAGUACAGCUCUGGUAGCAGCCAGAGUAACUACACCCACUCGUCUGGGUUUUGGGCUCCGUAUGGCAACGAGCACCGUAUGCCAGAUGAAUACUCUGAUACACCAGCCCCUUCUGAGUAUACUACUGCGAGUAGCUUCACUCGGGCCAUGAUACAUUCUCCAACUACCGUACUGCCGAGUCGACAAAUGCUGCAUUGCGAGUUCCAGCCCUGGACGGGGUGUCAGUAUAGGUUCCAACUAGAUGAGGCUGAGUUGUGGAUCCGACAUACCGAAGAUGACCACCUGCGUCGUAACUAUCCCGCGCUAUGUAUUUGUUGGUAUUGCGACGAUUUUCAAUACGACACGCAGCAGUCUCUCGAUGCUGGAUACAACUUCGAGAGCCGAAUGAAACAUAUUGCUGACCACAUGUUGUAUGAUGGUUGUCUUUUUGAAAACAGAAGACCCGACUUCCACUUCCUGGACCACGUGUAUCGAUUGCAACUUAUAUCUCCUAAGGCAUACCAGCAAGCCAAGGGGCUGAGUGAAGGUCCCCCACCACCGACGGAGGUCUUUCCUCUAGGCUGGAGACCCGAAAGCUCUGGCAGGGAUGCGGUUGUUGAAGUGGUAGAUAACAGUCGACGACGACGACACAGAGGGUCACGACGCCAUUAUUAA